AUGCCCAGGCAGAGGCAAGCUCAGACAGCAGCAACAAUCCGGGGUGCCUGUGGACCCAGGCAGCAGCAACAGUCCGGGGUGUCAGUGUGGACCAGGCAGGAGCAACAGUCCGGGGUGUCAGUGGGGCCCAGGACCUAUGGCAAAACUGAGUGCAGCUGCCCAGCUUUGGAACCAGAAAUGGUUUUACAUGAUUUUGAAAAUGUUUACAUUCAGAAAGACAUUUUGUCAGUCAAGAAACGAAGAAGACUGCAAUAUGAACAACAUAAAAAAAGAACUGAAUCAAUCAUGAAGAAUAUAAUCAUAGCUGAGCCCAAUUCUCCUUUAAGCUACCCCAUCCAAGGAGUUGAGGUCAAACUGAAAGCCAUACAAGGACUAUUCAAUGCAAUUGUUGAAACUUCUGAUGGCCUGUUAAAUGGAGUAGGUAAAAAUGAAUUGACUAUAACCAGCCCAAGUUUGGAAAUCGUUAAUAGUAUACUCAAACAUGUCACAUACACAAGUAUAAAGUACCAAAUUGAGGCUGCUGAUUUAGUACAUUUUCAAUUUGAAGAACAUACUGCUGUUUUUCCGGUCAUCAUCAGACAGCCCCAAAUACCAAGGUUAUUUGAUCCUGGUCCAGACAGCAACAUCAACUCAUUGGUUACAAUAGUGACAAAGACAUUCUUAAGAUAUCAUAAACUUCGGAUCUUAAUCAACAGCAUACGUAACUUUUACCCAGAAAUAACAAUAAUCAUUGCAGAUGACAGUGAAACUCCUGAGAAAAUUGAAGGACCUCACAUUGAACAAUACAUGAUGCCAUUUGGAAAAGGCUGGUUUGCUGGGAGAAACCUAGCAGCUUCUCAGGUCACAACGAAAUAUCUUCUGUGGGUGGAUGAGGAUUUUUUAUUCACGGAAGAAACAAAGCUUGAAAAGUUAGUUGAUGUGUUGGAAAAAACAAACUUGGAUGUGGUUGGAGCCUCUGUGAGUGGCAGUCGAUUUCAAUUUAAACUGUGGUAUGAGAAAGGAAAUGAUGAUGGAGACUGCUUGUUUUCCCAAUUUGGCAGUUUUCAUGCAUUGGAUGGGUUUCCACACUGUGUAGUCACCAGUCUUGUGGUGAACUUCUUUCUGGCCAGGACACAAAAGGUAUGGAGUGUUGGAUUUGACCCACGAUUGUCAAGGGUAGCUCACCCAGAGUUUUUCAUUGACGGCCUUGGUAGUUUACUUGUGGGAUCAUGCAAUGAUGUCCAUAUUGGUCACCAGAAGAAAGUAAAACAAACGCAGGAGUCUCUGAAGGAUGUUGAAAGGAGAUAUGCAACAUUUAGGCACGCAAACAAGCGUCAAUUCAAAUCCCGUCUUGCAUUAGUUCAUUUCAAAAAUUGGCUUAAAUGUUACGCCCAAUACAAACACUGA